AUGAGGGAUAUGAGGAAAUAUUAUAGGGAUAUUGGAGAAAUUCUCCUUUGUGAUUAAUCCUAUUUUCUUUUCUUAUGAAAAACUUAGAAACAUUACUGAGAAAACUUUCAUAGCUAAAAGUUGAGAAAACUUCUCAACUUUUUUCUCUGACUUGGUAUUUUUGUAUCACAAAAUAAAAGUAAGAAAUGAUAUGGAUAAGGAUUUUCUAUGAAUAUAUAUUUAAGCUAAACCCAACUUCAUCACGAAAAAAUAAGGAAAACAGUUCACACUAGAAGUUAGAAGUACCCUCCAAAAAAGCGACCAUGGCCUCAAAGUGCAUAGAUGAUUGUGUAAACAUCAAAAGAGACUCCAUUUGCGUCCGGCCGGUUAUGACUUACGCCAAUCUUUACAAGUGGCCGAUGGCGGAGGCCGAGUUCGUACGGUCAAUCAACCACGACGGAAGCCAGCAUCGCACCACGGUGGUUGACAGCAUAUCUUGUAGGCAGAUGUACCUUAGAAGCUACACAUUUUCAACAGAAGAGAACGAAGAAGACGGUGAUGGAGGUGAUGGCGAAGCAGUUACCCGGAGACACAAUCAGAGUUGUUUUCGAGGAGGAGGAGGGAGAAAGAAGGCGGCCAAGAACGCUAUGCGGAAUAACAAAACAUGGUCGUGUAGGACGUUUGUUUUCAGACUAGUACGGAAAUGUUUGUCUUGUGCGUCCACUACUAAGGUUACUAAUAUUGAUUGAUCACUAUGAGGAUAAUAAAACAGUUUUCUGAAAUUGUUUUAAAGUUCAAGACUUGGUCGUGGUGAAAGAAAGAAACAAACCAAUGGAACCGGACAAAUACUGUUCCAAGACAAAAAAAGAAAACUGAAAUAGAUUAAGAUCAAACAGUUUCUUAAACCAAACAAGAACCAUGAAAAACUCUGUUUUAACUUCUAAACUUACAAUACAAUUGAAACAACAAGAGUGUUAAACAUCCAUAUAGU